GUGGGAUUGAUUUGAUCUGAUUCAUCUAUUACAGCAUGCACUGAGCUGAUUAAUUCAACCUGAUGCGUGUAACCUUCGAACUUCAGCCUUCCAUGUAGGAGGUCUGGAGUCCAACCGCAUUCACACACACACACACAGAUUCAGGUGUGUAUAUAAACCCUGCGUCCCUGCAGUUGGGGACCCAUCACCACUAAGGCUUCAAUAUGAAAGUCGUAGCUCUUGCCCUGACCGUCCUCUUGGCUUUGGGCUGCCAUGCCCGCUCCCUGCAGGCUGAUGCUCCCACCCAGAUGGAGCACUACAAGGCAGUUGCAUUGGUCUACCUGAACCAGGUGAAGGACCAGGCCUAUAAGGCCCUGGAGCACUUGGACGGAGGAGAGUAUGAGCAGUACAAACUGAAGCUGACUGAGAGCCUGGACAACCUGCAGAAGUAUGCUGAUUCCAGCUCCACCUCCCUGAAACCCUUUGCCGCCCAGCUGGUUGAGGGAACCCAGAGCGCACGCGCGUACUUCCUGAAAGAACUGGAUGACCUUCAUGCCAAAGUGGAGCCACACCGUGCUGAGCUGCGCCAAGCCAUCGAGAAGCACCUGGACGAGUAUGGCGAGCGUCUCAUCCCCAUCUUCCGUGACUACAUGGCCGAUAACCAGAAUGAUUUCAAGGCUCUUCACCAGAAGCUUCAGCCUGCCCUCGAGGACCUCAAGUCCAAGGUAGAGACCAACUUUGAGGAGACUAAGACCAAGCUGGCCCCUAUUGUCGAGGCUGUUAGUGGAAAGUUCACAGAAAGGCUGCAGAACCUGAAGGACCUUACCAGCCCCGUGGCUGAGGAAUACAAGGAACACGUGCUGAAGGCUGUCGAGAACAUCAAGGAGAAGCUGGCACCCCACACCACCAAGCUCCAAGGCCAAAUCAAGCCCUACAUGGAGAGCCUGAGAGACAGGUUCCAGUCUCUCUACGAGUCCGUCGCCCAGGCCAUUCAAGCCUAAACAUGGCUUCUACCAGGACUCAAUUUCUCACAUACACACACACACGAUCACAUACUCAUGCAUUAGAUUGUAUGCCAGCUCUAACAUCCAUGUGAUAUAAUGAUGCAUAA